UGCGUUAGCCUUUUUUUUUACCUGGCAUUGUUAGUAACUUAUCUUAAGUUUUGCAUGGUGCAAAAACAAUGAUAAGUGGGGCCGCCGGAAGCAUGGAAGCUAUUGACCUAGCAAUUAGAGUUUUGGCUGAGUUCCUUAUGAUAGUUCUCCAGGAUGAUGCUAAUACAUCUGUCCUAGAUAUGGAAGUGUCUGCAAGCUUUGAUUCAGACGAGUGUAAAUCUACUAUUUCUCUUUUGGACGAGCUUUGUCGCAUGCAAGUUAAAGAUUCUGUUAAAACAAAAGUUGUUGAAGAUAGAAUUGUUGAGUCAGAAAAAAUAACUAGUUCUCAAACUCAAGUUGAAGAAAUGGGAAGCACUGGUCCUGACGGAGAAACCUUGUCUUUGCAUGUGACCUGAACAAAAGAUUGGAUCCAGAAGACAUCAGCACAUGUAAAUAAGCUGUUGACUGCAACUUUUCCGCAUAUCUGUAUUCACUCUUCACAAAAGGUCAGAAAGGGACUUGUUGAUGCCAUAAAAGGACUCUUAUUGGAGUGCUUCUACACACUGGGAGACAGUAGACUGAUGCUUCUGGAAUGUUUAUGUGCUCUGGCUGUUGAUGAUUCUGAUGACGUGUCUUCAACUGCACAAGAUUUCCUUGAGUGUUUGUUCUCUCAGAGUUGGAAAUCUCGUAUAGAGCAUGAUGCUGCUGAGAUAUUUAUCAGGCACCUGGAAAAGCUUCCCAAAGUGGUGCUUAGCAACGAGGAGCCAUUUGCUGUGUUACAUGCUCAACAAUUACUAAUGAUAAUAUAUUAUUCUGGUCCUCGUCUAUUGGUGGAUCAACUUCAGUCACCUGUCAUUGAUGGAAACAAAAAUGAAAAGUGGAAUAACACUCAUUGUUGACCGUUAUUCUUAUUC